AUGAAAUCUGUGCCGAUCAAACGUGAAGUUAGAGAGGUUGAUAUUCCCUCCCCUACAGUGAGUAGAUCUCCUUCAUUUAGUUAUAGUCAAAGAGCAGACCUACAAACUGAAAGGGUAAUGACUUUCCCACAAUUAGACUCUAGUGAUGAGACUCUAUCGAACGUUACAAAAUUGUUAAAUAGGUCUCGUAAAAUUGCGGUGCUCACUGGUGCUGGUAUUUCAUGUAAUGCUGGUAUUCCUGAUUUUAGAUCAUCUAAUGGGUUAUACGAUUUAGUUAAGAAUCAAUUUCCUGAAUUGACCAUAAGGUCAGGCCAAGAAAUGUUUGAUAUUUCUUUGUUUAGAGAUGAGCUUAAGAUUUCAGUCUUUGCUACAUUUAUGGAAAAGUUAUAUUCAAGUGUUCAAAUGGCUAAACCUACAAAGACACACAGAUUCAUUGCACAUUUGAAAAAUAGAAAUAAACUGUUACGUUGUUACACUCAAAAUAUCGAUGGUCUUGAAGAAACUCUAGGUCUAAUCAUGUCAAGAGAUGAUGAAAAUAGAAGAUCAAAUGGAUUUUCUUCAAUUUGGAAAAAUUUAAACGUUGUUCAACUUCAUGGGGAUUUAAACACCUUAGCUUGCACAAAAUGUUUUACAAUAUUUGAAUGGAAUCGAUUUCGUGCAAGAUCAUUUAGAAGAGGUGAACUGCCAUGUUGUCCAAGUUGUGAAGAAAAAAAUUUUAAGAGAUUACAAGAAGGUAAAAGAUCUAUAGAUUCAGUGGGAUUUUUAAGACCUAAUAUUGUACUUUAUGGUGAGAAUCACCCAACGGGGGAGUUUAUUGCACAAGGAUUAAGUCAUGAUAUUGCAAAGGGUAAGCCUGAUUUUUUAAUUAUUAUGGGCACAAGUUUAAAAGUUGAUGGUGUUAAGAAACUCGUUAAACACAUGAGCAAGCAAGUUCAUGAACGUGGAGGUGUGGUUAUUUUGAUUAACAAAACAAUACUCGCGGAUUCUGCAUGGGCAGGGACAAUAGAUUAUCAGAUUUGCAGUGACUGUGAUUCAUGGGUUUCAUAUUUAGAGAAAGAAAUACCAGAUUUUUUCAAAACACAAGAACAAAUAGAUAAAUUAAGACAGCUAAAAAGAGAAGCAAGUGAAUUAAGAAAACAAAAGAAAUUGCUGGAACAACAACACUCUUUAUCAAGUAUAAUGAAAACUCCACCAACAACACCGACUGGUAAAGAUGAUCACACUUUAACUCUUUUAGAUGAAGAUAUGAACCAAAUUAAAAGAAAAUUAAUAAAUGAAGAUGAUCAAAUAUCUAAUAAAAAAUUCAAAACAUCUUCUUCAUGA